AUGGCUUCCCCUACAACAGAGAUGCCGUCGCGUAGUACCACGAACAGAUCAGACGACGACGCCGUUCCAGGAGAAGAUACCUCAGAGGUCACAAAGCUAUUCGCGGAGCGAUUGCAAGCGUGGAAGCAUGCCGUGGCCUACCUCGAAGACUACGUUACCGCGACAGAGAAGACAAACCACGCACACGGCAAAGAGUAUGAGAGGGUUCUAAAGACUGUCAAAGACCCAUUGAAGGAGGGUCACCACUUCGACCAAUCGCUCGGCGGUAUUGCAGGCAUGUUUGAGAACAUGCGAUCCAACACCCAGGGCCUUUCCAAUCAGCAUUACGAAACAGCCAAGCAGCUUAAAGGCACCAUCCUCCCCAUCUUCGACCGUCUGCAUACCGAGAUCAAGAACAAAAGUAAGGAGCUUACAAAGGGAGCUGGCAAGGGUAGCAAGGCUGUCGACAAGGCUCGUCAACAAACACAAAAGCACAUUGAGCUCCUUGGUCAGUACACGGCGACCUUUGACUCUCACCAUGGCAACCUAAAGGCUACCGACGAUCCCUAUGUCAUUUCACGUGGAGUCAACCACCGCCUACACAAGCAAGUUCAGGAGGAGAACAACAACCGACAAGACUUGAUCAGUGUGCAGAACUCAUUUGCGCAAUUUGAAGCGCACAUUAUCCAAACAAUCCAACAAGGAAUGACUCAGUUCCAGACAAUCAUGAACACCCAGGCCGAACAGAUUAAAGCUGCCUACACAGAUAUGGUGGGCACCGCUCAACGCAUCCCCGUAGACUUUGAGUGGAACGGCUUCAUCCAGCGCAACAACAACAUCCUCAUCGACCCUUCGGCUCCAGCACGCAAUGCAGCAGACAUUAGCUUCCCCAAUCAAGCCCACCGUGCCACGCAGCCACUCAUUUCCGGUUCGCUCGAGAAGAGGGGCAAGAUCAUGCGCUCAUACGACACAAACUACUAUGUCAUCACGCCGGCAAAGUUCCUGCACGAGUACAAGACUGACGACGACGUGGCUAAGGACCCAGUCCCGGAAAUGUCCUUGUAUCUCCCCGACUGUAUCAUCGGCGCUGUCAAUGGCCAGAAGUUCAAUGUCAAGGGCAAGGAUGUGUCCAAGGGCAAGAUUGGCGGUGCCUUUUCCAUGACACAUGAAUUUGCUUUCAAGGCGCACACACCGCAGGCCGCAGCUCAGUGGUACGAGGUUAUUAAACAGGCUGCUGGCACUGUUACCGCUGAGGUGCCUGAUGCUAGUACGCCAGCUAGCCCUGUGACUGAUGAUCACGUCGCUGGUGGUGCAGCACAGCCUGCUCCUCUUCAGACACAGGGUCUGGAGAAGACUGGCACCAACACGACUCAGCCGGGAUCCGCAGUACCCGGUAGUGCCACGGCUGCACCCACCAGCGCCGUGCCAGGCGAGCCAGGCAAAUACUAG